AUGGCAUCCGAGCAUCAAAAGCCCAGGACUGGGGAGGAGGAGAGCGGUUGGGGAGGGGACUUCGACCCUUUCGCUGAUCCUGAAGAGCGUAGAGUGCUAUUUGCUGCAUUUGACUCGUUCAGACAAUACCGGCGAACUGCGCAUAUGAAUACAACUCAUCGCCGACGGCAAGCUUUCUAUGCCCUGCCCUCGGCACACUGGCAGAUGCUGUCGGAGCCUCCAUUCUCCAUACUUGAUAACUUCAACAAAGUGGACGAUGCCAUUGACACCAACGCCAAUAUCGCCGAUGAAAUUCUGGCGCUGGGUCUCCAGUCAUUUGGUCUUUCUGCAAACCCCGACACAACCGAUCCUACUCAAAACUGGCAUGACAUCGCAACUUCAUCAGACGUCAACAAAGCGCACUCGACGAUACGCCAGUUCUAUCGUGACUGGAGUCUCGAAGGACGACCCGAGAGAGAAGUCUGCUAUGACCCCGUUCUCCAGGCUCUGGACGAGGAGUUCCAGACACGGCGUGAUAGCGGAGAGGAAAUCCGUGUUCUGGUCCCUGGCGCUGGUCUGGGCCGCUUGGUUUUUGAAAUCUGCAUGGCAGGCUAUGAUGCCGAGGGAAACGAAAUCUCCUACCACCAGCUGCUAGCCAGUAGUUGGGUUCUGAACCACACCAAGGGGCCGGCAAAGCACGCCCUUCACCCUUUCGCAUUGCAUUUCUCCAAUCUCCAAUCCCGAGCACAGCAACUCCAGCAAGUUAUGAUCCCCGACGUCCACCCCGGAUUCGCCAUGCAGGAGGCUGCCAAUGCUGGUCGCCGCUUAGGUGCGAUGUCCAUGUCCGCAGCGGACUUUACUGUAUUGUAUACCCAACCGAACAAUCACGAGACGUUUGACGCAGUAACGACUGUUUUCUUCAUUGACACGGCGCCAAAUCUUAUUCGAUACAUCGAGACGAUCCGACACAGCCUCAAACCAAAUGGACUCUGGAUCAACGUGGGUCCGUUACUAUGGCAUUUCGAUGACGGUCACUCCCGGAGAGGAAGUAGUUCCGAAUACGAGGGGGCUGGGAUUGGCGAGCCAGGCAAUGUGGAGCUAUCUGAAGAUGAAGUGCUGAGCCUUGUGGAGCGUAUGGGAUUCCGCCUUGAGAAGCGCGGAGAUCGUAAGCCUUGCGGCUAUAUUCAGGAUCCCAACAGCAUGCUUCAAAAUCUUUAUCAGCCAUCCCACUGGGUGGUGCGAAAAGUGGCAGUUUAA